UUAUCGGAACUCGCUCACGAUACAAAAAAAAAAAAGCGAGAUUAAUUGUAUUGUAUUGUAUUGUAUUGCAUUGUGCGGUUUAUAGUAGCAUGAUUUCUGAGUAAGGCACUGCUUGUUUGACCACAGGAGCUAAGAAAGAGGUACUCCGGUUUUUGAAUCCAUUUACUAAAUUAUAUUGAACAUACUAGUACAUAUACAGGCUGCUCCAUUGAUCUCCCUACACACAACAUACGAGUAGGAGCUUGACGUAAGCACAGGAGCUGCUCCUACUUCGUACGAAAGAAAGAUGAGAUCGUCCAUCACGAAGUCGCUCAGCGCAGGAGCCGUGAUAGUGGCGACACCAGGUGCAGCAGUGGGAUUACCAAGUAUAGUGCAGGAUGGGGUACCUUUUCGCACGCAAAACGCCCAACGUGAACAACUCGCAGACAAGUUGGCGAAUGAGGUACUAUUUGAGAUGGUAGUUGAGAUUGCUAGUACUAACUUGACUGAGUCUUAUCAUUUGUCAUCAAGUCAUCAGUGCUGUUGCAAUUAAUUCUUGCGUAAACCUGAAUUAUUCAAUAUUUCAAAAUCUUCUAUCAAAAACGAACCCAUGUGAUUCAAUUAUAUAAGUUAUCAGUAUCAGUCUCUACGGGCACUACGGACAGUGUCAUCAGAGGCCCAUACAUGACAUUGAUGUUAGGUUCGCCGCGACGCCGCACAGAAUUUGCAUAUUAGUACGGAUUUCGCCAAUUUCGAGAAACAGGAUGAGCGGGAUUGGCGCCACGUGCAAUCCAAUAGGAAUAUGAAAGCCUUCUUGCAACGCAGUAAGAAGUUGCCAUCAGAUGAUGGGACGCGUGUUAUGGUGACGGAUACUGGAAGCCUCGAAAUAAGCAAGUAAAUUCAAGCUAAAACUCUUAACUUAUAUUAGCUCUCUCAUAUCACUUUCUUCGAUAUACUUAUUUUCAUAGCUGCUGCUAUAAGUACUGAGUCCACCUAUACAUGAUGAGUAGCAGGGAAGCAUCUUCAUUAACAGAUAGUAGUGUUGUAGGUACUUUUCUAGAAUCGACGGAUCCCUUGCCUUCGUAUAAUCAUAGUAAUUUCAAGAGUUAAGUUUGACUUCCCUUCUAAUUCUGGGAGCUCCAGCAAGCUUAGCUUCUCAGGGAAUAACGCUUUGAUGAAGGAUCUCGAGGAUUUUUCAUUUUCUUCCGGCAGCGAUAGUGUUGGCACGACCGGGAGGGAAGAUAAUGCGAGUAGUAGUUAUGGUGGCAGGAUACUAUUUGCUUUCCUAGAAGACAAGAUACUAUUUACUUUCCUAGGAGACAAGAUACUAUUUACUUUCCUAGAAGAUAAGAUACUAUUUACUUUCCUAGGAGACAAGAUGCUAUUUACUUUCCUAGGAGACAAGAUACUAUUUACUUUCGUGGAAGGAUAGUACGAUUUACAUUCCAUCCAACAAUCUUAGGGACUUUAACACAAAAACAAAAAAAAACAAUGUCAUCCAGCAGCAAACCGCCUCUCUGUCCUGUGAUCAGGAUUUUUUUCACCUCAAGUGGAAUAUGUUGUUUGCCUAUCUAAGGUUCACCUGCUUACUUUCCUAGAAGAUAAUAUGGAUUUUGGCAGAUUUCACGGGUCGUCGGUCACCUAGGAAUCCCGACAGCCCAGAUUAUCAGGACUAUAAGUCAGCAUUUCUAAUAUAUCAAGGCCACGGACGACAGCGCUUCUUCCAGCGUCUUUUCCAGUGGCGAGGAUGCGAUGGCACGGUAGAUAGUUGAUUUGCUGCUAUAAGAUCAUGAUUUAGCCUAAUGAAGAAUAUUACCACGACCGUACACAUCAGGUACAUCAACCAUGACACCGCCUUCCACGACAAUAGGUACAUGCGCGAGUUUCAUGUGGAUACGGAAAAGGUAGGCCGAUCCGAGUCGUAUGCGACACCUCAGCAUCGCACUAACUCCGGAGGCCAAGUAAUCUCGAUUCCGCUUUCCUCGCAGCUGCAGAUCUCAGCUACAUUGGGUGGGGCGAAGUGAGUAUCUACCUGGUUACGAGAUUUGAGAAUUCUCAACAAGUACAUAUCUGUGGUUUAGACGUAUGGGCACCAGAUUUCGUUUUCGAUUUGUUUUUUUCCGUCAGAUGCGAGAAGUCGUUGAGGAUACGAGGAUUGUUGUAAAGCUCAUUUGAGAGGAUUUCUUUCUGCAUAUCUGAGAGGCAGAGGACAGACUGAACAGAUUUUUUGACACAGAUGAAGUUCUGAAAGACUUUCUCCACCUAGUGCUCCGUGAAAACACUAGCAUUUUUCCG